GUUUUUUUUGCCAGUGUGGUUAAUUUGGGUGGCAGCCCAGUGCGGAUUUUAGUCACUUGUUGAGUGAAACGCGUUUCCGGUUGAUUCUUAGUUUUUAUCUACUUCUGACGUGCUUCAUCAAGGCCUCGGUAUGAAUCGUCCAAAGUUCUUUACCACCAAUAAGAAAGGCGAAAACUAUGAGUUGAAGGCCGAGCUGAAUAGUGAAUAUCGCCACAUUCGUAAAGAUGCCGUCAAGAAAGUGAUUGCCAAUAUGACGGUUGGCAAGGACGUGAGCGGUCUGUUUCCUGACGUCCUGAAAAACAUGCAAACGGAAGAUCUCGAAUUGAAGAAACUCGUUUAUCUGUACUUGAUGAAUUACGCCAAAACGCAACCGGAACUGGUCAUCUUGGCCGUGAAUACAUUUGUAAAGGAUUCCGACGACCCCAAUCCUUUAAUAAGAGCUUUGGCUAUUCGAACCAUGGGCUGCUUGCGUGUUGAUAAAAUCAUCGACUAUUUAACCGAACCUUUGCGAAAAUGUCUCAAGGACGAAAACCCUUAUGUUCGGAAAACAGCGGCUGUGUGUGUAGCCAAACUGUACGAAUUGAACCCAGCUUUAACCAUCGAGCAAGACUUUGUCAAUCUCGUAAAAGAACUCGUUUCCGAUAUUAAUCCCAUGGUCGUCGCCAAUGCCGUGGUCGCCCUUACUGACAUCAACGAAGCAUCCCCCGAUCAGGCCAUUUUUGUCAUCAACAGCUCUACCUUGAACAAGUUAUUGCACGCGCUGAACGAAUGCACGGAAUGGGGUCAAAUUGCUAUUCUAACCGCGCUCGUCGACUAUAAAGCCAGCGACGCUAAAGAAGCAGAAGGCAUUUGCGAUCGCGUCUUGCCACGCUUGCAACAUGCCAACGGUGCCGUAGUGUUAUCAGUGAUCAAGGUCUUGAUGAUCAAUAUGCGAUACAUCAAGGACGAAAAUUUGAUCAAGACGUUUUGCAGAAAAAUGGCACCACCACUGGUCACCUUGUUGUCCAGUCCACCCGAGGUUCAGUAUAUCGCCCUUCGUAACAUCAGCUUAAUUUUACAACGUCGUCCGGAAGUGCUCAGCAACGAGAUGCGCGUGUUUUUCUGCAAAUACAACGAUCCUCCUUAUGUGAAAUCGGAAAAGUUGGAGAUUAUGAUCCGUUUAUGCAACGAUCGUAACGUCGACCAGUUACUGAGCGAAUUGAAGGAGUAUGCAAAUGAAGUCGAUGUGGAUUUUGUUCGAAAAUCGGUCAACGCCAUUGGUCGAUGCGCCAUUAAAAUUGAAGAAGCCGCAGAACGCUGCAUCAAUGUACUUUUGGAUCUCAUCAACACAGGUGUGAGCUAUGUAGUGCAAGAAGCCAUUGUCAUUAUCAAAGACAUUUUCCGUAAAUACCCCCAUAAAUACGAAGGCAUCAUCGCCACCCUGUGUGAGAAUCUUGAUGCACUGGAUGAACCGGAUGCCAAGGCCUCCUUGACCUGGAUCAUUGGCGAAUAUGCAGAGAGAAUUGACAAUGCGGAUGAACUGAUUGGUAACUUUUUGGAGAAUUUCCAAGAAGAAAAUGCACAGGUUCAAUUGCAACUGCUGACGGCUACGGUGAAACUCUUUUUGAAGAAACCAGCAGAGAAUCAAGAACUUGUGCAGCGCGUUUUGCAAACCGCUACCAACGAUUGCGAUAAUGCCGAUAUCCGCGACAGAGCCUACGUCUACUGGCGUCUCUUGUCCACUGAUCCCCAAGCCGCCAAAUCGGUCGUUUUGUCUGAUAAACCGCCUAUUGCCGGUGAGAAAUCUACCAUGUCUUCUGCUUUGCUUGAUAAUCUACUGUACCAUAUUGGCACACUGGCUUCCGUCUAUCACAAACCACCGGAAACGUUCAUUGCUGGAAAGAAAUACGGUGCAGACAAUGUGCAAAAGGCAGUAACGGAUCAUAUUGAUGAAGAUGAUGUGACCGCGCCACCGCCUCAAAUCCAAGCUGCGCUAAAGAAUAAUGAUAUUGGCAAUCUCCUGGAUUUGGAUUGGGAUGAACCGGCCGCCGCCAGUCCUACCGUGGCCAUGGAAAGCCCUCGCCAGAGCCAAGGCAGCAAUAACCUGAGUGAUCUCUUAUCGCUUGAUAACACCAGUAGUCAAACCACUCCACAAUUCUCAAUGGCCUCGCCCACAACCUCCCGAAGUGACGUGGAUGACAUUAUGAAAGCUUUUGGAUCGUCCUCCACUGCCAUGCAAUCGAAUUCCACUACGAACACUGCCAAUCAAACGACAGCUGCUUUGUUUGCAGAUGAUUUCUUUGGAUCUUCCGCACCAACUCAAAAUCCCAUGUCACCUCCGCUAAUGCAGUCCCAACCAUUGCAACAACAACAACAACAACAACAACAACAGCAGCAGCAAUCCUCCUCCUCUGCGGCGGCCCGUGAUCCAUUCGCUGAUCUAUUCUAGAUAGGCGUUCACAAAAGAAAAAAAAUGGACAAAAUCUCCCCAAACUCUGUUGUUCUGUAAGUUCACCACAAACUGUAGCACUUUUUAAUAAAAAAAAAAAAGACCAUACACUAUCCAAAUU